UUUUGUCCAUUUUUUUCCUGUGACACUGUUUGAAUCGGCGGGGAGCAGAGGAGCAAGACACGGGGGCGACUAGCUCGAAGGCGAUGGCGACCGAGCUUGCCGCCGACGAGCCCCCCGCAGUGCACCUCCGCGCGACGGAGGAGGCACUCGCCACGGACACGGCGGAAGAGAGCUGCGCGGCCGGCGAGGCGCGCGGCCUGAACACCGACGACGACCUCCGCGCCGCCUACAAGCCACCGUCGUUCGGCUCUGCCCGCGAGGUCUGCGCGGCCGCCCGGAUCUGCGGGAUCCCCACCGUCCCGGAGUUGUCCGCAGCCGAGGCGCGGCAAAAGCCAGAGCUUUUAAACAAAGAUACAAUUCCUGAGCCUUUGGAGUCAAACAACAACAGUCAAAAUGAUGGUUCAGGGGAUGAUAGCAUGGAUGAACAAGAGGAGCAAAGUAUAGUUGAUAUGACAGAAUCAGAUGCAUCAGACGGCAUGCUGAUCGAUGGCCUGAGAACAUUUUUACAGAAAAGACAAGAGAGGAAGCAGGAGAGGAGUGCUUUGAAAGAGAAAAGGAAGAAGAGGACAAGGCCAGAGAAAGGAUAAGCCAAAGGGCACAUGAACAAAGGAAGAGCAACUGCAUACAGCAGGUUUAGCAUUGGAUAUUUCGCGAAGAUUGUUGAUGUUGUGUGCAAAAGCAAUCAUAGGAUGGAGGUUGUGAAGAACGGCGGUUUUGGAUACUUGCUCGAGCUAGAAGAUUGUUAUGUUCCAAGGCCUUUUGCUCAAUGGGUCGCGGACAACAUAUCCACAAAAGAGGAAGCAAUUGUACUUGGUGGCAAAUCAAUCCCUCUCAACCCUGAAGCCGUAUCAUUAG